UAGAAAAAUUAUAUGAAAGAAAAGAUAGUGAAGAAUGGACUGAAAAAGAUAUCGAAAAAGCUCGCAAGUUACUAAAAAAAUACACAGAAAAUAACAAAACAAGACACAGGAAAAAAGCUGAUAACGAACUAAGAAGUAUAUAUUUAAAUUUACCAGAUGAAAUUAAAAAAGAUCAAAAAGAAAUUUUCGAGAAUAUAAAUGAAUACAAACUUUAUAAAAAUUACUACUAUCUUGUCUCGUAUAAUGAAACAUCCAAGAAGGUGGUUAUCAAAAUCGGUAAAAUCACAAACAAAGAAAUCAUCAAUAACAAAGAAAAAACUCUGUUCAAACUCGUGUUAAACAAUGCAAUCGAAGAAGCCAAGAAAAGAAUCUGUGAAAAAAUCAUCAAAAAACAUCAAAAUCUUUUUGAUGAAAUUAAGAGUAAAAUCAAUACCUGUUACAAAGAAGAAUUCUUUGAAUUUUUAGAUAGUACUAUUGAAGAUUUUGUCACUAAUGAUAUUGAUAAAUUCAUAUUCGCAUCAAUCUUUCGUACAUUUACCAAAUAUUACUACUUUCAUGUUCCUGUUAGUGAAGAACAUAAUAUGCUUACAGAAGAUGAAAAAAUCUUUUUUAAGAAUUUAUUGACACAAGUAAUUGAAUAUUAUACACAAAAAUUUGAUACUUAA